GUGGCAGCGGAAGGCGGAGGUAGGAGGCACUAUGGCAGGGGGUUGGGCCGGAUUCUCGGAGCAGGAGCUUCGGCGGCUUCAGGGGCAUCGCAAAGAUCCACAAGGGCCUUCAGUAAACAAAAACCACCAAUGUCUGCAGCAGAAAAAGGCACCUCAGAAGACAGAAGAAAUAUUGGAAUUGUCAGAUGGAGCAGCAUUGUUGCCUCUGGAGAAGGCUGAGCAACAGGAAGCCAGAAAUCAACAAGUGGAAGUUGAACAGUCUUGUAAUAGUGGUCCAGUUGCAGCAACAAGUAAUCAGCUUGUGAAAAAGAAAAUGGAAUUGCAGGAGAAGUCUCGGUGGGAAAUCCUUCAACAAGAGCAGAAACUGAUGGAAGAAAAAAAUAAACGCAAGAAGGCUUUCCUUGCUAAAGCAGUUGCUGAAAGAUCUAAAAGAACUCAGGCUGAAACAGUUAAAUUAAAGCGAAUCCAAAAGCAGCUCCAAGCUUUAGAUGAUAUGGUAUCUGCUGAUAUUGGGAUCCUGAGAAAUAGGAUUGAUCAGGCAAGCUUGGAAUAUGCAUGUGCUCGGAAACGUUAUGAUAAAGCAGAAUCAGAAUAUGUGGAUGCAAAACUGGAUCUCCAAAAGAAAACGGAAGUCAAAGAACAACUUGCAGAGCACUUGAGCACAAUCAUACAGCAAAAUGAACUCCGAAAGGCAAAGAAAUUGGAGGAGUUAAUGAAAGAACUGGAAGUAGAAGCUGACGAAGAGAACCUGGAACUGGAGACAGAAGUAGAGCAAAUGUUGCAACAGCAGGAAGCAGAAGCUAGAAGGCAAGAGAUCGAGACACAAAAGCUUGCUCCAGCUGAGGUGCAGAAUGCAGAUCCCCAGACUUUGAGUAAAGGACAUGAGAAAGAGAACCUUAGAAAUGUUAAUGGAGCAGCUUAGAAGUUCCCAUACAGAUGAUCAAAGUCACACAGUAAACUCUGUUUCUGAAAGAAAUUAUGAUUCAUCUGGAACAUGUCUGAUAACAUUAUUUUUGGUAUUUGAUGUCAUAAGAAGCACUGUCAUAUAAUCACAAGAAGCCUCUGAGUUUAUACAGUUUUCUAGUCUGUAUUAUUAUUAAAAUACCUUUGUGUGUGGGUGUAUGUGUAUUUGUGUGUGAGAGAGCGCAUGUGUGGGUGUAUUAUAUAUACAAAUGAUCUCUUUUCCUUGUCUACCUUCUUCCUUUUCACUGAGAAACCUGCAUGUGAUCCCUUAUGAAGGGGGAAGGGUAAUGUUACCUACAUAACAUUUAAAGUAUAAAACACCAUGCCAGUAGGAGUAAGGCAUUGUGUAUAUCUUACAUGAAAAUCUCACUAAAUCCUAUGUUAUUGGCUUAGACACACUCCUCUAUUAAAAAACUUAUUUUUCAGUGCUCAUGAAUAUAAAAGGAUAUAGCUGAGCAAAUCAGGAGAAAAUCUGAUUCUCCCAACUGCCAAAUAUUUUCUAUCCUUGUAAGUGAUUCUGUAAAAGAAAAUGGUUGGGCCAUUAAUAAAUUAAGUAUGUUUCUGGACUAAACCUAAUUACUGAGCAAUAAAAGGGGAAAUACCUUCCAAUAUUUUAAAUAUAUUAUUAAUUGAAGUAUAAACAAAUAUUUAAUAGAUAGGAAACAAAACACUUUUAAACUCAUACUUGGAUUUUCAAGAUUCUCUAGUGAUUUUAUUAUUUCCCCUUUUUAUUUUCUUCAUCUUUUCAUGUUUCUCUACCAUUCAUGUAUUGUUGUAGUGCUAAUCCUUUAUCCUUACUUGCAUAAUCAACACAUGCCAAAUUUCAAAAUGUCCCCAUUUCCAAAAUUGGGUUAGUUUUUCUUGUAUUGCUAUGUUAUGCAAUUAUUGGAUAAUUUUUGAUGUGUGCCAUCAUGCCCACAGUAUAAAAAUUACAAUAAAGGUUAUCUUAUCUUAUCUUAAAAUACU